GGAGCGGGCAACGGACUCUUAGAAGCCGCCGAGUAACCUACCAAUUCCAUUGAACCUAUACCUAUAUCCGAGCUCCCUCUUUUGCUUGGGCUUCGCAGACUCAACAGCAAAUGCUAUUGAUGACUGGGAAAUUGAGAGCUGCCCCAGACGCAGGGGCUUAUUAGUUGUGGGACAAACCCCCGUCUCUUGGGAUCCAUUUUAUAGAUCUGUUGAGAUUCGUCCCAUGUCGGUAAUUUUGAGCAGCAAGAAGCCCUAACAAAGACCAUAAUCGCGUGGUAGAAACGCCAAGCAUGACAGCUAAUUGUUGUGAAGAACAAACCCGUAAUAUCCGCGAGUAAACCUCCACUAAAGCUACGAACUCGUGUCGCUCUCUAUCUUAUACGCGUGUCUCAGUCUGCAACUUCUUUACAAGCAUAUAGCCCAAUGCCGCAGAAGCAUAUUUUCAUGUAUGCCAGGUAUUUCACUCAGGGUCCAAGGGACUGGUGAAUCUCUCCACAAGCCGUCAGAGCUGGGAGCUUGACGAGGUCAAUGACGCACUUGGCUCUUCACAUGCUCAAAAAUCGACUCCGCAACACUGCGCCUCACUUGUCCAGACCGUGGCUGCACCAAACUGCAGCCACAAUUCCUGUCUGCAUAUCCCCCACGUGACCUCGCGACGCGUUUCUAAAUCCUUUCUACCCCGGUACACGAAACCGUGAUCAAGGACAAUACCGUUCGAGAUGCGCCAACAAUAACAAGCUUUGUAUUUUUGUUCAAUGGAUCUCUCCUCUGAUAUGAAAACAGCCAUCCAAGAUGGAUCUCGACGACGAGUUCUCCGAUGACGGUUUCGACGACAUCCCUGCCAAUGCCCUCCAGGAACUCGAGGAUAAUGCAAUACAACUCACGCAAGCCCAAGCCCAAUCGAAGCCAUUGACACAGCGCCCACGGAUCGAAUCCCCAGAAAUCGUCUGGAUAGAAGACGAUGACCUCGAUACGACCGAAGUGACGAAUGAUGCCGGUGUUCCUAUUGGGAGGCCAGUUGUAGAUGGCAACCUCCAACAAAACCAGUCAUCUCAAAGCUACUACUUGGACUCUCGACGCUCAGUUCCGCCCCCGAAUCCGCGAUGGAACCCUGUUGUCGAUCCUUCCAAGCGGCGGCCCAUGGGCCAGGCCCCUCAACAGCCUUACAAUGCUGGACCACCUCACCAGCCCAUGUACACCUCUCAGCAGUUUCAGACCCAGAGCUCCAACUUCGUUCAUGCUCAACCAAGUCAAUUCGCUCGGCCUGCUGCACCGCAAAACAGACCAGGAGCCUCUCAACAGUCACAGAACCAACCUGGCGAUAUCUUGUCAGCACUACAGCAGCGAGUUCGAGCCCUCGAGGAUCAACUCAAAGCAGCUUUGGGAGAAGCCUCGAUUGUCCGAUCCAAUUUUGUGAAAUCGAAUGAAGAGCACGCUGCAGAGGUUGCUCGUCUGAACAAGAUCAAUGCCGAACAAUUGGCGAAACAGGAAAGGAUUACUGAGGCAGCUGUUGCCGCUGAACAAAACGCCAAUACCGAACUUCAAUUUCUACAGCGUGAUAUGAGAGAGGUCAGUGAUCGAGUUCGCCGCAAGGAACCUGCUGUUGGAGCUUCGGCAGGAGUAACGACGCCCAAGAAAGCAAACAAGUCAUGGGUUGCGGAUGGCUUCGAUGAGAUGGAUAUUGUUGUAAGUCCAAGUAAGGGCCAAGGACGUAGCAGGAAUCCUGGCUCAGUGGCCUUACACGUCGGCGAGAGAACACCGAGCAAAGGAAAAAGGAAACGGCCGACUGUUGACAGUCCUAUCAUGGCAUUGGAAACUCACACCGACAGCUUCGCCAGUAGUACUGGGAAGCCAGAGGCUCCAGUACACCAACCGCCGCUUGUGGUAGCGCCACCACCGGCCGUCCUCUUUGAGUUUCUACCACUUGUGCUCGAUCAUGGAGCCCCUCGCCCAACACUGGACAUCUUGUCUCGCUUUUCCUUCAAAGAUGACAAAGAUACCUCGCUUUCAGCCAUCAUAUUUCAAAAAAUACCUCUGAUGGGAAGUCCCGAUCGACCGAUGCAGCUACUUGUGGACUUUGCAAAUCUUAUGGUCAACAUGUGGAAUCGUUGCCAUGAGGAGCAGCUCUGGGAGCCCAUCAAGUAUUUGCUCUCAGUCAUCUCUUUCAUCUUCUCACUCCACGCAUCAGAAGUCGUUCCCUUCGUUUUGCCGAAUCUGACACCUCCCGCGCAAGCCACAAUCUGCACUUUGGCUGAAUGGCAGCACCGCAUACGUGAAGGUGAACGACGGCUGAAGAAUGAUGACUUUCAGUCAAUGAAGGAGCAUAUCAAGAUCGUUGAUAUUUUGUCAGUCUUGUAUACAAGCGCUUUAGCUUGUUCCACUGCCAUGGAUGUGACGGAAGAUGAAAUCAAGCCCAAGUCGACAGUCUUUUGGAGAUGCAUAAAACCUGACAUGGUCUACAAACUUCUGAGCCCAAAGCAGGAGCUUUCCGAUAUCUUGGGCAUGCUUGAGCUCCUGACAACCUCUGCACUUCCAGACUCAAUAGGUCCGAUUACAGACGACGAAGAUACUCAUGUCGCUGGUCAUGUCAUCAACCAUGUUACAAACAAGCUCACGGACUACCACCCAUCAGUAACUACCCGCCAUGAGAAAUCUACGUUAUGCUUGGCUGCUUUGCGAACGCUCAUCGCUUUUUCACGCCAUCCUUUUGGCGCUAAAGAGCUUGCGUCUCACAGUCUAGCUCUCCCUCGCCUCGUGGCCUGCCUCAGCAUGUCUAUAGACGAGCUGUACGACCAACCUAUUCCUUUCAACAUCUUACCACAAACAUCCGAGACCAAGGAUAUACGGCAGGGAUCGACUACGACGUCGUACUCGGCCGGCUUAUAUCGGAUCAUCUCACAAUGCGUCUUUUUGAUACAUGCUUUAGUGACAGGUCCCGAUACCGCCAAUCUCGCAGACAUUAGCGAGAAGCUUUCAAUGGCUCAUGGGGGAAGCCAAAGGUAUCUUCUCGCUUUAGGAAGACUUGCUUUUGCCGAAGAAGAUUUAGUGAUGGAGGCCGGGAUCGAUGGAGAGACAGUUGAGGCAGCCCAUGAGUUGCUCGAACUGGAGGUGACGCCGGAUGAGGGCGAGGUAGUGAAUGAAGCAUUUGGGGGCUAAAAUUGGUGGGAUCUUCAUUCCCGGCGUUUUGAUGGAUGAUGGACUUGAUCUUGGCAUUGUGAUUACACAUCGAGACAGUUAUGCGCAGUUGCCUGGCGUUGAGGGUAGAUAUUAGACGAGAUACCACAAGGCAGUCACACUUCGGACGGUGUUGAAAAUUGCUAUAUGACUUUUGGCUGGACAGAAUUUGAUGUUGAAUGACCACGACUACUACUUCUAUUUUGUCCAAAUCGCAGUGACGCCGGA